ACCGCCGCCGCCGACCGCCGCGCCCACGAAUCCGCCCUCGUCGUCCGCGCCCUUAUCGUCGGCCCCGGCGGCAUCGCCCUCCCUUCCUCCAAGGCAAAGCCCGUGUCGCGCGCACAGAUCGGCAAGGUCAAGGCCCAGCUCCUCGAGCCCGCAAAGGCGAACAGGGUCAUCGCCCACCUCCGCACCCUGCCUGGCGCUCCGGGAAUAAGCCCCGCCGCGACGUCCGCCGCCGGAUCGGACAGAGCACCCGCGAAGCCCAUCCACGCCGUAUGCCUCCCGUACACCGAGCCCGAGGCCGACGAGAAGCACUUCAAGCGGCUCCAGGACGAGCCCACCGCUUCUGUCGUCCGCACACGCGCGUUCGGCACCGAGGCCCUCAGCCUUCCGAGCGUCGCCACCGCGAGCAUCGACUCCGUCACGGAUGCCCUCAAGGACCUCCACCUCGUGAACCUCCUCACCGCCCCUGAUCUCGGCCUCGGCCAGCCCGCGGACGGUGCGGGCCUCCUCGCGGGCGCUGUGCCCACGGCAAAGACGGUGAUGGACGGCAUCGUGCAGAUCACCCCGCAGCUGAUGGCGCUGGGAUACGCGACGGGCAAGUCGCUGUUGCCUGAUCACACGGGGGUUUACCCGCCUACCGAUAGGAUGUCUGUCUUGACCUAUUGGUGGGGCCUCGAGCUCGUCCUCCCGCCGCCGACUCUCACAUACCUCGACCAGGCCGACUCCGUUUCCAACACGGUCAUCAACUUCCUCACGGCCGUCGGCGCUGUGUUCAACGGCGUGCGCGAGAUCCUGCCGUUCGUGCGCUACAUUGGGCAGUACCUCGAUUUCGAGUUCGACGCGAUCAAGGGCCAGGAUCAGGGCCAGGGCGUCGUGUGCGCCGCGACGUGGAUCAUGCCCGCAGCUAUGGUUCCGCGCCCCUGGGACUUUGCUGCUCCGCCAGCCGGCACG